AUGUCUUCUUCAUCUUCCCUUGUUUUCCUAAUUCUCGGUCUCGUUUUAUCGAUUGAUUGUUUCCUCGGAGUUAUUGAAGUCAAAGCUGGAACAUCUGUAGAUAUCGAAUUGGAUGGAUCUGGAGCCUUGGAGAAAUAUGUUGGAAGCAAGGUUUAUACUUUCAAUUUCAGCGGACCAAAUCGUGGAUUCUUUACUGAUAAUGCUGUGGGUUUUUUUUUUAAUUUCUGAAACAUCAAGAAUCAAUUUAUUUUCAGACCAAAGCCAAAGUUGCAGCCAGCAAUCUUCAGAUCAAAGGAAACACUUUGGUGAUCACAAAAGCUACCAAAGCUGAUGCUGCAAAAUAUAGAAGAGGAAGUGAUGGAAUCGAACUUGUUGUUCUUUGA